CUUUGGUUUUCUCUCUUCCUUCAUUUAAGAGAUGUUGAACUUGAACAGAUUCCAACAAAACAAAAUGAAAAAGAUAUAAAAAAAGAUGUGUAGUUUAUAGCAAAGGGGUCUUGGAGAUAAAUAUGUUUUUUUAUAUUAUUAUUAUUAUUGAACAAAUAAUUAGUAUUUUUCUCUCUAUCUAGUUCUAUCCGUUUACUCAAAGAGAGAGAGAGAGAGUUUUGUGCUGUGUGUUUUGUCACGAUCAUUGGAUGCACGUGGAAGCCCAGAAGUUUCUCUCUGCCACCUCUCCCUCCUCCUACUCCACUUCCUUCUUCUUUUGUGAAGUUGUUGGAAAUAUGGCUCUUUUUGGGGGUCAUAAAGAUAAGGAGUUGAGGAUUCAUGAAAGUUUGGAUGAGCUUGGGACUGAUUUGGCAGACUACAUAGCUGAAUUAUCAGAGACGUCAGUGAAGGAGAGGGGUGUCUUUGCUGUCGCCUUAUCUGGUGGUUCUCUCAUUGGCUUAAUGGGAAAACUCUGUGAAGCUCCUUAUAACAAGACUGUAGACUGGACUAAAUGGUACAUACUAUGGGCUGAUGAGCGUGUUGUGACCAAAAACCAUGCUGAUAGCAAUUAUAAGCUUGCCAAGGAUGGUCUUUUCUCCAAGGUACCAAUUGUUCCAAGUCAUGUGAAUUCUAUCAAUGACUCGGUUUCAGCAGAGGAAGCUGCGAGUGAGUACGAGUUUGUUAUUCGUCAGUUGGUGAAGUCUCGUGUAAUUAGUGUGUCUGAUACGAGUGACUGUCCCAAGUUUGACCUUGUUCUUCUUGGAAUGGGCUCAGAUGGUCAUGUUGCCUCUCUCUUCCCUAAUCAUUCAGUGCUUGAUGAGAAUAAUGAAUGGGUAACUUUCAUUACUGACUCCCCAAAACCUCCACCUGAGAGGAUCACUUUCACUCUGCCAGUCAUCAACUCAGCAUCCAACGUGGCUAUAGUCGUGACUGGCGAAAGCAAAGCGGAAGCUGCGCACUUGGCAAUUGAUGAUGUGGGACCAGAUUGCCUAGUGGUACCUGCAAGGAUGGUGCAGCCAACAAAAGGGAAGCUGGUGUGGUUUUUGGACAGGCCAUCUGCCUCAAAACUUGAGGGUUUUCAAUUUUCUGACUAGGUAGGCUCGACCUCUUCAUUCCCAAGUGUAUGUUUGUAUUUAGUGGAGGGAUUUGAUGCUUUUUGCUUCAUUUUCUUUUUCAUUAGUUCCCUUAUUUUGUUAUUUUGCUUUUGGGUUAAAAUCUCCAUUUUGCCUUAGUCUACCUUUCCUCUCUUUUUCUUUUUCUUCUCAUCUUUUUCUCUAGGGAGUUGGAGAAGUGUGAGAAGUGUGAUCUUCCUUUUUGUAACUAGAGGUUAAUAAAAAUACAAAAGCUUUUUUCUUUC